AUGGAAGCUGCACAUGCAAAUGACAUUGAUCUAGAGGGUGCAUGCGAGGGAUCCUUAGCCUGCUCCACUUGCCACGUGGUGAUUGAGGAUCCGGAGCUUUAUGACAAACUGCCAGAACCCACAGAUGAUGAGAAUGACAUGCUGGACCUGGCAUAUGGCCUCACAGAAACGUCCAGGCUUGGGUGCCAAGUGAUUGCUUCAAAGGACAUCGAUGGGAUCCGCGUGAGAAUACCUGGAGCCACCAGAAACUUUGCAGUCGAUGGGUACAAGCCAAAGCCGCAUUGA